ACCGUGUUUGGCUGGCAAGUGCCUCCGGUUUACGAGGCUCACCAUUAUUAUGGGGGAUCCAGGACCCCGAGACGGGCCGGACUCUGGCCGACUGACAGCUGCGACGAGCCCAUCCAGGUGGUUUAUAUCGGGAUAAAGAGGACAGAAAGGGAAAAAAAGGGAAAAAAUAGUGUGUUUUAAGCAAGUAAAAGCCAGCGAGGGAGCUGUUAGAGGAGGUGUUUGCAGGGAUUCAAUCAGAGCCGGUGCUGUUUGCAUAGGUGAUGGGAGAAAACUAGGAACUAUACAGUUUUACCGUCAAAACUGGAGCCGGUUUUGGACUGAAAGGGGAAAAAAAUGGAUGAAUUGCCCAUCCCAGUCGGAGCAGGGUGGGCUCAUCCGGAGUAAAGUCACUCUGCGAUCAUCUGAGCGGCCGGUGAUGUCCGCCCUGUUCCUGGACCUGCAGACGCGCAACGCGGUUUCAGCACCGGCGGAGCUGGACAGCGACCGCAUGGAGCCGCGCUGCUGCGGCUGCGGCCCGGGGCCGCCGGGGCCGCCGGGGCCCCCGCAGCGCGGCUCCGGCUCCGGGGGCCUCGGCAUGGCCCUGGAGGAAGAGCUGGCCGCCAUGGCCGGGGAGCAGCGGGGACACGACGAGGGCCCGCCGGAGCUCGAGGCGGCGGCGGCGGCGGGGCACAACACCGACCUGCUGCUGCUCUUCCGACAGAAGGAGAAGGACUUGGUUUUAGCUGCUAAACUUGGAAAAGCGUUGCUCGAGAGGAACCAGGACUUGACCAAGCAAUAUGAGAAAAUGCACAAAGAUCUCAACGAGAAACUAGAGCACUUGGAGCAAGAGAAACACGAGUUACGACGACGUCUUGAAAGUCGAGAGGGCGAGUGGGAAGGACGUGUGGCGGAGCUGGAGACGGAUGUCCAGCAGCUGCAGGGUGAGCUGGAGCUCCAGCAGGUCCAGCUCAGAGAGGCUGACAGGGACAAGACCAAGGCCAUCAGCGAGCUGUCCGAACAGAACCAUAGACUCCUUGAGGAACUCAGCAGGGCUGCAGAGGUGGAGAGGCAGCUGUCCACUCAGGUCCAUUCACUACGGGACGACUUCAGGGAGAAGAGCAUGUCUACAAGCCAGCACAUGACACGACUCGAGACUCUACAGGCAGAGAUUAAGAUGCUGUCAGAGAGGAAGAUGGAGUUGGAGCGCCGGGUGCACGCUGUGCUCGAAGACAACGAGCUGAUGCAGAACACAGUGGACAACCUCCGAGAGAGGACGAUGGUGCUGGAGAAACAGUGCCACGAGAAGGACCUUCAGUUGCGACAGAGCCAGUUGGAGCUCCACGAGGUCCAGGUUUCCCACAGACAGCUGACUGCGAGGCUGGUGGAGCUGACGGACGAGCACAGUCUCCACACUCUCACCCCCCAUCCGUCCAGCCUGAUGUGUGAGAUCGAGCAGAGCAUGGAGCAAGAGGAGCAGGAGCAGGAGCGGGAGCAGCUGCGUCUUCAGCUGUGGGAGGCCUACUGUGAAGUCCGCUCGCUGUGCUCUCACCUUCGGGGAAAUGACAUCACGGAUUCAGCGCUGUCCACCGACUCUUCCAUGGACGAGUCCUCAGAGACAUCGUCAGUUAAGGAUGUGCCUACGGGGAGUCUCCACACCAGCCUGCUCGAGCUCCGGAGGCUGACUCAGAAUCUGCUGGACGGCAACGAGUCUACGGGUUCCCGGCGCAGCGAUGAGGAGGCUCUGGAGGAGCAGGUGAGGAAGCUUGGAGAAGAACUGCAUGAGGUCAGGGAGCUGUAUGAAGCUGAGCUGGACAAAAGACACGGCAAUGAGGAGGAGCUGCUGCAGCUGCACAACCAGAUGGCGCUGCUCUCGGUGGAGAUGUGCUCUCUCCGGGAGGAGAACGAACAAGCGCGGGCGAUGGCUGAAGUGCACGAACCCAGCGAGCAGCUCCAGAGCGCCAUCAGAGACAGAGAUGACGCCAUCGCAAAGAAAAAAGCCGUGGAAAUGGAACUGGCCAAAUGUAAGAUAGACAUCAUGUCUCUGAACAGCCAGCUGCUGGACGCCAUCCAGCAGAAGCUCAACCUGUCACAGCAGCUGGAGGCUUGGCAGGACGAUAUGCACAGAGUGAUUGACCAGCAGCUGAUGGACAAGCACCAGGACGAGUGGCGCUCGGCCCACACCAGCCUGUCAGGGUCGUCGAGGAGUCAGUCCUCCAGACGGGCUCACCGCAUCUCCGACCGGGACAGGAGGCUUUUCUCUUUCUUCAAAAAGAACUGAGCCCCGUGAGACUGGCCCUAAGCACAGCAGACACGUAGAGACAGGCAGGCGAGGUGAGGGGCAUCGAGGUACGGGGGGGGAACGACAACAACACAGCCAAAGACAGGCAAAAACACAUGCUGAGGUUAGGGGGGCGUGGGUCAUUUUGCACUUUAUCUGUCCCAUUAUUAUUCUCCUUACUGAUUAAUUAGUGGAUGCUUGCAACAAGUGGUUGAACAGAUGCAGAACUUCCUCAGAGGCUUCAGCUUCUGCCCCUCUCAUAGAGUGUUAAAGGACAUGACAGGGUCACAAACGUUUACCUCUGUAGAGGAGGGUUUCCUUGUAGUGCCUACAACCAUCUCUACGAACCCACUGCCAAAGCCGUAGUGGUGGAAGUUUGAUGUACAGUUACGAUAUGCAUCCCAGUUAUCAGUGUGGGCAGAGACGGACAGACACAUAAGGGACACUGCAGGAUACUGGACGAAGGUGAGAUCAGUAAAGGGGGGCUGGGAGAGAGAAUAUGACGGGGGAUAAAGAGGAGGAUGGUUAAGAAUGCUGUGAUCUCUCAGGUUUAUUCAGUUGUUCAGGGGAACAUGAUUGGCAAGACUUUAAUAUAUCAGGAACUUGUUGUACUUCUGUCCGACCAAUGUGAAUGAUGUAAUGAAAAUUACAAACGGGAAAAAUGCUAAUACUUCAGCAUCACACUUUCAUAAAAGAUCAUGGUCAAUGCAAUAGACACUUUAAAGGUUCACUUAUAUAAAUAAUGGAUCCAAUGUGAAAAAUUGUUUUUCUGGAGGAAAAACACCCCAUGAAAAUGAUCCCUUAAGAGCAAUUUAGCCUUCAUCACUAGUCGUCUUAUUGAUUACUGUGAACAUGACCUCGCAUGCCGAUACUGGCCGACCGUCUCAGCCCGACAUCCGGCUCUAAAUUAACGAGCUUGCUAGAACAUAUGAAUAUGUAACUGUGUGCCAACAUUCACUUAAUCUAUUUACACCUGGUUAAAUUCGCUUCUACCAAGCAGAAAGUAACAUCUGGCCGAGCUUUUAAAGGGUUUAUUUCACAAGCAGCUCCAAAACGGCAACAUGUGUAUUUCUGAUCAUUCUAUAACUCUCUUUUUAUAACUCUGAUGACAUCUGCUGUCAUAAUCUGGGUAACGAUACUCAUGUAAUACGGGUGCUCAGGUAGAGCGAGGAGAUUGCAAGAAACCAUGAACUCUAGGAUUCAGUAUUGUGCCGUAUGAGAGCGAAUGUUCGUCUCUGACAGCUGAAUAAACCUCAACUCGGUGGCUGACCUUAUUGAGGCUGCAAGUCCAGGUGUAAUUGUUGUUCUACAGUUUACAUUAUAGUCAUUUUUGAACAAAAACGACACCCUUCAACGUUGUCCCUGUGAUGUCAGUCAUCUUCCUAGUUGACCAAAUGUUCAAAAAGGUUUACAUGAGCUUGAGAAGGAGGCAGAACUAAGCAGAAUGCUCAUCAAUUCAAGAAUCACCAGUCGAAUUUCAUACCCUCAAAAUGGAUCAUAGUGUAUGAAAAACUCCACUAAACUUCUUCUGCAGUGAUCGACAUCUGUUAUGAUGCUUUGCAUUCACUCCGGAAAGGUCUACCUCCAUUCUCAUGCUUCAAUAUUUCAUGGGCACUUUGAUUUGUUAGCUAUCGGGCUUCCAUUUCCGGGGACAUAUUUGUGACUCCAUCGAUGAAAACUGUAUGUGUUGCUUCAAAUCUUUGAGCAUGAAUGAUUUUCGAUGUGGCACAGUGAUGUUUCAUGUCUGCCUGUGUUUGAACUCUUGUGUGAAGCAGCUGUGCAAACCUAUGCAGAUGUCUUCAUGUCAUUUCAGCUGGUUGUUGGGAAGGAUCAACCCAAAGAAUGAUUUUUUUAUAUAUAUCUAUAUAUAUAUAUAUAAAAAGACAAAUAGGUUUGGAUGAAAUUGAUAUAUUUGUAAGAAAAAUGCAUACUUUUUGAAUGAAGAUCUUUUUUGUAGAAAGGAAUAUACCGAUACUAUGUUAUUUUUAGGCUCUGUUUUCAUGUAUGUCCUGACAGCGAGCAGAAAAUCCACUGGUGGGUUGGACGUUAUCACCUGUACGUAGGGAUGAAUGCUUUUUUUGCGGUCUGGUCUGGUGUGGAUUACAGCCAGUGGGAGAUCCUCUUGAGCACUAUUGUUGUUCCAGUCAAAUUAUUCAACAAUUUAACAGAGUUUUCUGGAGAUCUUCCAGAAGCCUCACAAAUCCCAGUUAUUACCAUUUCAUCCCAAUAAUCACACCACACCUCGACUGAUGCUUCAGUGCACCACUAUAUUAUAAAAGGUCCAUGAGAAAUAUGCCAAAUAUCUCUGUAAAGUCAGCUUAAAUGGCAUAUUAAUUAAUGCAACCCAAAAACGAAUGUGUCAAAAAAGAACGGAAAACAAAUCAAAUACCAAACUCAAAACAAAAAAAUAAAUUCAAAAGAAUGUAUUAAGGGGCACGGUGGCGCAGCUGGUAGUGCAGCGGUCUCACAGCAAGAAGAUCCUGGGUUCGAUUCCCGCCGGGGGACGCUGUGGGUGCUGAAGUGCGUGUUAGUUCCCCCAUGACUUCAGUGCCCACACCAUGGGUGGGGUUGGCGAAAGGAUCUUUCUGUGUGGAGUUUGUAUGUUCUCCCCGUGUUCCCCUGGGUAGCUAGUGUGAGCUACCCUCACAAAAACAUGCACACAGUCCUGGGCUAUACAUGCCCCCUCUGGCCAACCGGGGCGCCAGAUGGGGUGGGGAGGAUCCGGACGGAAUAACGUGAUCCUUCCACGCGCUACGUUCGGCCGGAGAAGCCCCACCCUGUCUGGUGAAAAGAUGCGGCCUGCUCACUCCUCAGGUUAAGGAGGAGACCUGAGCUCAGUGCAGGGCCCUCCCGGGGUUGGUAGAGGAUGGCAAUGCCCAGGACUGUCAGUAGGUAGGAGCACGGGGUGGUAAAAAUGGGAAAAAAACCGGGAUAAAAAUAAAAAAAAAAAAAAAAAAAAAAAAAGAAUGUAUUAAAACACCAGCAGCCAAAACUGAGAAGGUCCAAUUCCUCUCCAGUGAUUUGUUUUCACAAACAGAAUCGGUUAACGCUUCAUUAAACAUUAAAAUGCACAUUUUAAAAACAUUCUCUGCAUGAGGAUUGCCACACUACGAAGCUACUUCCCUGACAAAGGAUGCAGCAGAAAGCAAAGUAAAAACGGUUCGUGCCCUUGGAAAAGCCACAUUGGUGCAUUCGUGUGCUGAGGACUUCUCUGUUGCUAAACUGACCGACCGGUGAGAAAACCUCACCUGUCUGAAUGAGAACCUGCCACUUCUGCCAGGACCAGACUGCAAAUAUGUCUCUUCAUAUCCAAUUUGUUUGGCAAUACUCUUCUCAUGUUUGGUUUUGUUAGCGUUAAGUCAGUGUUAUCUCUGUCUCUGGCUCUGACACUUUACACUUGAAGCUGAUCUGAAUCAUUUGUUUCCCCACUGAGAGCGUGCGUUGUGUCUUUCUGUGCUUGAACAUCCCGAUGCUGCCGCAGCAGGUCGUCUGUGCAUCGCAGUAGCAGUCACAGUCGUGCCAUUGUGUGUUUUCUGUUGCUUGUCCGCCUCGGUCGGACAUUGUUCGGGAAUUUGGUGGUUUUGGGUGGGCUCCUUGUGCUCCUUGUGAGUGCUUCCAUUCACCACUGACUAACAGCACUGUUUCAGUUGCGAGAGGCUUCAGAUGAUUCAAAAUAUUUACCAUGCAAUUUUCUUAGUUUUUUGUUUUUUUUGUACGAAUAAACACUUUACAAUCC